UCGUAUCGUGAACUCAAAUCAUAUCGAAUCGUGAGUUGAGUGUAUCAUGACAUCCCUAGUCUUUAGUAUUGUCUGUAGUUCUGGACAUGUCAGGGAUAAUUCCUGUUACCUCUGUCUGGUUAAAAACGGGUAUACUGUACAAUUGAGGGAGUCAUUUCAAGAGAAUUGUCACUUCAGUCUAAUUCAUGUUAUCGCCUGUACAUUUAUAGGUUUGUGUUUCAAAUGUUUUGUUCUCUUUACAGGAGAAAAAGUGCUUCUGGUGGGUCAACAUUGCAAGGGCACAACACACCAGAUUCUUGUCAAGAUCAAGUUGGAUUGCUUGAUGGAUCUUCAAUAAGGAGACGUGAAUCACGGUCUUUUUCUGUGCAAAUCACAUUGCCAGAUCGUUCUUCAGUAAAGGAAGGACAAAGACGAUUAAUGGAUGGUUCUUCAGUAAAGAGGAGACACUCAGUCCCAGCUUCUCAUACUAAAGACACGUAAGGCUUUAACUUGAAAUGUUUCCUUUGAAGAUGCCUUGCUUUAUCAAAGUGGUAUCAUUAAAAGUUUUGUGUAAAUUUUGAAUUUGUUGUUCUACAUGUUUUAGAAAUUUUGAAGGACAAAAGAUAAGUCCAACUUCAUUGUUACAAGAAUGAAACAUAUGUAAUUCAGCUGUGCAAAUUUAGUUUGGGUUCUGUAUCAUACAUAUUGUUUUGAAUGUAUAAUAAUUUAAAUUAAUUGGUAAUGCAUAAAAAUUGCACAUCUGUUUUAUGGAUGGCAAUGGCAAUACUGCCAUUUUUAUAUUAGAUUUAUUAAAAUUAAUUUUAUAUGCAGUCAAUUUUGAGAAUAUUUUAUUAAACACAGUAAAGUAAUUUAUUUAGAACUUAAGAUGGUCCCAAAUCAUUGAUUCAGUGUAGGCUCAACGUCGCAAUAUCACGUAUCCCUAAAAAUUUACUAAAACAUAAUACAAGAAAAAAUAUUACAUUAUUUGCAUCAGAGGUCUUCUACAUCAAUAUCUGACAGGUUAAAACAUGUCUUCUUUUCUGUAUUUGGGUCUUACAUUAGUCGCAAUGAAUACAUAUAAUACAAAAACAACAGUACAAUCAUUGUUUUCUCAAAUGUUUAAUAAAUAUGCUGACAUAUGAUCUUAAAGAGAUUUACAAUCAGCAACAAUAACAUCAUUCUUUCAAACAUUACACAUUAAUACAAAUAUCACACAAGGGCUCUAUUUAUUUUCGUAUUCCUCUCUAGCAUAGCUGAUGAACAGAAUCUCUGGUUUACUUCCAGGAGCGGUUGAUAGGUGCCUCUCUACGGCGGCAGGCACUGUAUCCGAAUGGCACCUGCCACUGUUAAGCACCACUAGCGACAGGCAGAAGUCGUUAGUGUCAGCUGCCGCUACCUGCCGUUUCCGGGUGCCAGUGAUGUCACUGGCGGUUGCCAGCUGAUGUUGCGGUACUGAACCCCGUCUCUAUCGUACACCACUCCACUACUUUGCCCACGCUGCCUUAAACAGCCGCAAAACCACGCCACCAACGUGGAAACAAUUUCCGGGUACCACAUAAACAUCAGCAAGACGUAUAUCCGGAAUUCUCUCGGAAGUCGGAAAUUCCGAGGUGCGUGAUGUCACGAGUAACCGCAUCUCGGAACAAACAUGGCUGCCUCCAUGAACACGCUGUUGUGUGUUGUUGCUUUAUAUUUUAACAGAUUUGGAGUGAGCUUUUUCCAAGAGACAAACAAGAAACACGAACUAGUCAAACCACAUUAAAAGCGUUAGAAAAUAUUUUAGUAGAUCUAUUCUAUAGCCAUAUUCUUUUUUCGAGAGGCAAACAAACUACAAACAAAAGACACUAAGAAAAAGAUACCGGCAGGCUUCACAGAACUAGUGAGAACACAGCGGCUUGUGAUGGCUUCCCUUGGAGACGACGCUAACUUCACAUGUGAGCUUACAAAACAGAAAAAUGUGAAACAAGUGACCUGGCAGAGAGUGUCGGAGCAGAAGAGUGAAAACAUGGCAACGUACAGUGAACGUUUUGGUGCGACUGUCACUGGGCCCUUCCGGGAAAAUGUCAAUUUUGUGGAAACGGGGCUGCAGCAGUGUUCCAUAGUCAUUAAGGGAAUCCAGUGGAGUGAUGAAUCGUGUUACAUGUGUCUGUUUAAUGUCUUUCCUGAUGGAGCCAUCAGUGGGAGGACCUGCCUCAAAAUCUAUGAACUACACAAUCCCAUAUUUGAAUUAAACCCAGUUAAUGUCAGUGAUGACAGGAUAUUAUCGCUUUCCUGCUCUGUCACCGGAAGGCCUGCACCAGAGGUCUCAUGGAGUAUUGAAGAUACUGCUCUGGAAAAUUCUACAACAUUCUACACCAAAAAUCCUAAUGGAACUAUAACCGUUACUAAAACUGCUACAGUUCAAAUGACCCCCAGACUUCUUGCAAAUACAACACAAAUCAAAUGUGCAGCACAGCAAGACUAUGGAGAAAGGAAGGAAACUUUCAUUACUGUCCCAAAUGGUGAGACAGCUGAUAACCAGUCUGAUAAAGCUGAUAAAGAUGACACAUCAGAUACAGGACAUACAGUCAUCUUUUACACUGUCCUUGCCAUUGGAGGCCUUUGUAUUUGUGGAGGCCUUUGUAUUUGUGGAGGCCUUUGUAUUUGGGGACGCCUUUAUAUUUGUGGACGCCUUUAUGCUUUUUUGAAACUCACUCUAAGGAAGGAAAAAGAGCGCAGCAGCACAAAAGAUCCUUAUCAAGUGCCAAACAGAACACCAAACUGUUCUCAAGUGAAAACUGGAUUACUGGUUGGUUCUUCCCUGAAGAAAAUACUAAUACACACAAUCAGAACACCAGACUGUUCUCAAGUGAAAACUGGAUUGGAUUCUACUCUGAAGAAAAGACAAAUACACCCUUCUGAACAUCCAAAGGUUAAAAAGAGCCUGGACUUCAGUGAACAGAAGCAUUGAUUGUGAUGGAGGUCAUGACGUGUUGGCAGGACAUGUUGGUGUUCGUGGUUGUAAUGUGGUUUCUGAAAAUAUGUGCAAAUGUCAAGUUGCAAAUCUGAUCUUUUUUGUAAGCACAAUCUUUGCUGCACAGGUGUAUAUAAUUAAAAUACAAGUAUGCAACUCUGUUUUUAACAAUCACGGAAUUAUGUCAUAAAAAUCACUACUGUACAUAAUUAUCAGGGGUCCAUGCAGCAUCAGUUAACAGUCACAGCAUAUGUGAUAAAUGUUUUAUGUUUCAUUGUUCUCUGCUAAUUUAACCCUUGUGUACAUGGGAAACACUAAGGAUAAAAAUCGGCCUACUUAAAUACAUAUGCAAUCAUGCAAUCGCUUUACCAUGUUCAGGAGGCUAUAGCCCCAGCACUUGUUUGGCAAAUAAAUGACCAUAAAACAAUGAUUUUAAGAUAUAGCCUUAAAGUUAUAGUAAAUUGUUGAGGAUGAAGAGUAUGUAGCGUAAUCUGGGAACAGCAUCCACACCGAAUCAUAUAUCAUGACGUGAUUUAUAACUGAAUCGAUUUCCACACACCCGUACUAUAUAUACAAUAUAUAUGUCUUUCUUGUGAGUGGUCAGAGACAAUGAGUAAAAAGUGACAACGAUGUAUAAAGUUUAGUUGCUUUAGAAACUGUUCUUAAUGAGGCAUUCAGUGGCUCAUUGGCACAGUUAUGGUUACUACUGCAUUCAUCUGGAAAACAAAAGUUUUUCCGAUAUAAUGAACUAAUCAUUCUGUUUCACAUUUCAUUUUUCUGAAUUAAUGAGAUAACCAUCCUGUUUUUACGAGUAAUGUUUUUCUGAAUUAAUGAGGACCUUUCUGUUUUUCAUGAUGCAUGAUCUCUGAAACCGUCGGAGUAGAAAAGUAGGGCUGAAAUUCUGUAGCUUAAGCUUAACUUAGUUUAAGAAAAUUCUACUGUGGGAAAUUGUCCAUCUCACCCAUUGCCAGACUCUUAAUCCAUCAAUUUUGUAAUAUCUCCAGUGCUUGAAGUGGGCCGGAACGCAGCGGAACGCAGUUCCGGAACUUCUGUAUUCUCGUCUUUUGGGUUCCGUCACUUUUUUCUGCGUUCCGGUACUUACUGAAACUGAUCCGACGCAGCGACAGUGGCCCGAGAAAAUUAGAGUUCCUGCACUUAUUUUUUCCCACUUCAAGCACUGAAUAUCUCUUUAUACUUUGUAUUAUAAUUACAGUGGCUUUGUAAUUUCAUGCCAUUUGCCUCAGUAAGUAUGAAUAAACUAAAUGCUUUGUGA